CUUAAUUAGCAUUUGCAUCAUUAAUUUUUAUUUUUUACUUGCCAAGUGAGUAACUGACUUUAGACGAUCUUUAUAAAAAUCAGCAAAAUUUCCAUUCAUCCUUAUCAACUAACAGUUUUCAACUAUUAGUUUCAAUACAAUCAAAAUGCAACUAUUGUUUGUUUCAAUUUGGUUCUUAAAUAUCGCGAUUAAUGUCAAUAGUCAAAACCUAUCACCUGGUUCAUGUCCGAGCUUACAGCCUCCCAGUGGGUUUUUAUUGCCCAAGUAUUUAGGUAAAUGGUACGAAAUCGCCAGAACUGAUAACAUUUGGGAAAUCAAUUUGAAAUGUGUAACAGCAGACUACAGUUUGAACGAGGAUGGAACAGUGAAAGUUGACAAUCAAGGAUUUAAUCCAAGAGAUAAAUUAUCCAAAGCAAUAGGAACUGCUCGAUUAACAGAAUCAAGUAACUUGCUUAAAGUCAAAUUUUCAAGAUUCUCACCAGAAGCUCCUUAUUUGAUUGCCGAUACUGAUUUCAACAAUUACGCAAUUGUGGUUUCUUGUGUUGAUGUUUUCAAAGCUUUUAAAUUUGAAUCAGCUUGGAUUCUUUCUCGAUAUCCAACUUUACCUAAAGAUACUUUGGACCGAUUAUUCAAUGAUCUAGAGACAAAAUUUGGAGUGGAUAAGAAAACAAUGCAACUGGUUGAUCAAUCGAACUGUCCUGUCCGCGAUAAACAAUGAUCGAUGGACAUUCCAAGUUGAAACAUUAACCCGUAAUUUUUUCAUUCCUAACCCAUUAUACAACUUUCUAUACCUAACUAAUAAUUCCCUAAACUUUAUCUAACUUAAUGUAGACUACAAUUCAAAGUUUUCUGUAACCAUAUGACAGAUUUUUAAUAAAGAUGGGAAUUAGGAAAAUUA